UGCUGAUGGUGUCCUUAAAUCAUGGGGCCUUGAAGUGGUGCUGCAGAAAGUAGCACUGAAUGUGCAAGACCCUGAACAAUCUUCACAGCUUGUCAUUGGGCUUCACUCCUUACACUUUAUUUUGAGUCAGUUACUGCACAACUUGGGCCAUGAGUGCAAUGGACAGUCUGGUGCAAGUGAGCAGAGUUGCUGCUGGUGUGGUUGGGAGAGCCUGGCACUGUCGGAGUGCAACCACACUCAACUGUCCAGCUACACACCCAACACGGUCAUCCGGUGGUGUGAUGAUGAAUGCCAUGUCCUCAUAGCUUCUGAUCAGCUUGAUAAUCCAGUAGAUACUUCCAAUGAUUUUAAAGUCAAGGAAGAGUGUGUGGAAGAUGAUGAUUGUUCAAGUACUUAUCUUCAGGGUAACAAAUUGGAAGGAUCUGUUUCUCCAUCCCUUACAGCUCAGGAACCUGAGUGUGAAAUCAAAGUACAGCUUGAAGAGGAACAAUUUGUAAAUGGAGGAUCUGUGGAAAAGCGGAGUCCAGAAUCAUUAGAAAAUUAUCUUAUCAACCAGAAUUCUGAUCUGGACACCAUUGACUCAGUUCAAGAUAUAACUAAUGAUGUUCAUAUGUUUAUGGCCAAAGAAGAGGUUUCUUCAGCAUCAACCAUAUCACAUAACCAAGAAAAUAAAAUUUUUAGCAAUCGCUCUAGUCAGGCAUCUACUGCAGAUGUUAUUUGUUUCAAAAAUGGCAGCACCAAAGUCUUCACUAACAUUAUUGAUGAUUUUGAAAAACCAUCGGAUGUUGUUGAAGCGAUCAAGACUGGUAAGAAGUCGAAAACUGUUGAGCAAGUGAAGCUGGAAAGCUCGAAACUCAGCCCAGAAAAAGCCACGUGUGAAGCAGAUUUGUCUGUGGGAAAGACAUACUCUCUAGAUCCAUCAGAAAAUGAACUCUCCAAAUGCCAUUUUAGCCGCCAAUUUUUUGAUGCAGGUGAUGAUAAUUUCCCGGCGUCAAAGGAAAUAGUUUCUGCAGGCUGCCAGCAGAAAACUAAUUCAGAAAUUCAAAAAAGUCACUGUUCAAAUGACCUAAACCAUACAGCUGCUCCCAUGGAAGCACCACUUACUAGUUCUUUGCUUUGCACUUCCACUUCAGUAGUUUUACCUUCGAAUCUAUUAAGCAAGAAGACGCCAAUACCUGGAAGAUCUGAUCAAAAUAACAAGGAAUAUGGUGCCAAAAGUGAUGUUUUGCCGCAAGGAAACCAACAUUUUGAAUCUUCAUCUUCUAUAUCUCGCUCAGAAUCAAGUGAUGGAAACAUACAGAAGCAUAAAACCAUUCAAGAAACCGUAAAAUCUUUGUCUUUUUCGGGAUUAAUGGAGAGUUUCAGUUCUACUUGCUCUACGUCGUCUUCAGUGGGUGAUGUCUCGCUGCACGAUGCUACAAACCAAAAUUUUUCAGCAUCUCUUGUACCGAUUCAUACAAGUAAUUUGUUUGGAUCAAUGCCAUCGUCAAGUGUUUCAGCAUUACCCAUUACUUCGCAAUCACUUUGUCAAGAUAAUCUUUUCACUGUUACUUCUUCAGUUCAAAUUGCAACUGAAAUUCAUCCAUUGUCAUCUCAUACCCUUAUUCCUGUUCCUUGUUACUCUACCUCUACUAAACCUGUUAUGACAUCCGAGUGCUGUUCUCUAGGUCCACCGCAAUCGUUAACUCACCCUCGCCAUGAUUUAUUCUCUUUGCCUGAUCCUGAUCGUUCUAUUUCCUUAUCAUCUUCUCACACCCAGAAUUCCUCAUUUCAUUCAACAAAUUCCAACCAGCUAGCUUCUGUUUCCAUGACAUCUAGUCCUGUAUCCUUCUCAACUUCCGCCAAUGCCAUCCUUCCAGGGGCAACCUCCUCGGAAACAUGUUCAGCUCCAUUUCCUCCUUUAUCCAAUAAUCUGUCUCAAGUUCCCUCACAAAAGAGAUCCACUCCAUCUGUAGUCUCUGCCAACUCUGAACUGGAUUUAUCGCGAAUUCCUCUCAAUUUCUCUACGCCAGCUUCCAGCAACAGUUUUCAAUGUUUUUCAGAUUCAAAUCAACACUCAGCUUCAGCUCUAAAUGUUAAUGUCUUUUGCAUGCCGUCUGUUUUUAAUCCAUCCGAGUGUGUUUCUUCGACAGUCCAAGCUUCAUUUGAUUCUGUUACGUCUGCACCUAAUAAUCAGAACGCUACUGUUUCAUCUGCAGCCUCAAAUAAUACAUGCGGCCCACCAUUAUCGGGUCUGCAGAUUCCAGUUCAUACUUUAGCUCUUCCCAGUCAAUUUAGCUCACUUCUAAUAAAUACUCCAACUUAUACAAUUCCUAAUUCAUCUUCUACUGAUAAGCCAGAGGUUUCUACACCUUCUACUCAAAAUUAUCCAUUACUUUCUGUAGCCGAUUCCAUAUCGUCUAAUAACUCUUCUUAUUGCUCAUCCUCACCGUCGACUGCUUUAACCUCGGCUACCCUUCCUCAAAAAAGCAAUGUAUCCGAAUCCAUCGCAUCAAUUUCUUUUUCUCAUUUUCCAAAUUUGGUCCAGCCAACUGUGGGUCCAUCAAAAUAUAUAUGCAUCCCGGCAUCAGUUCAUUCCAGACCUGUGUCGACUCCCUCACCAGCAUAUUCCCGACCAAUAUCAACUCCAUCGCCUAGUUUUUCUUACACAAUUCCUUCCCCGUCAUUUUGCCGGCCUUACGUAGCUUCUUCUCCUCAGUAUGCUGUUCUUUCUCCUUCAGGGCCCCUUUCUUUCCCUCUUCCAUCCCCACCUCUUCAUUCUCUUUUCAUCCGAUCACCUUCACCGGCUGGAGGCAUACCUCUUUCUUCACCUUGUCAUUUCCAUGCUCCUAAUUUCUCAUGUAACGCCCACUCGCCAUUAUCAAUGCCUGCUCGUUCCUCUUCUCCAAAUAUUCCUUGCACUUUACCUGCUCGUAAUUAUCCUCGGUUAUCGACGUCGCCUGUGUUCUCUUUUGGUCAGUCUCUUGCCAUCUGUCAUAAAACAGCCGUACCUUCCCACCGAGCUCUUUCACCAUCGCUCGUUGCGUUACCGGUUGCUGUUCCAUCUCUAUCACCUCCAGUUUGUGCUGUACCCAAAAAUAUUACCAUGUCAAUUGGACCUGAUUCUUUUCACAGGAAAACUGUUUAUAAUGAAUUGACAAUUAUGCAAAAGUCACCUACAACUUUAUCGCUGUCAACCUCUUCAUCUGAAGAUCGCAGUAUCUCAUUGUCAGCGACUGAUGUCUGUGUAAAAAGCAAACAUUUGACAGCUACAUUUUCUCAUACAUCUACGCCGAUCGAUUGUCCAAACGCACCUCUGACGUAUAGGGAUGUUGAAACUCCAAAAGUAGUGUUAGAAGAUUCUACUAACGACACGUACGUUGAUGACGAUGCCUCGAGGAAUCUGAUAAUACAUGAAGAAUCUUCGCAAGAUAGUUGUGAAGGAGCAAAGGAGAGUGCCACGUGCAAAAAUCCAGCAAAAACAAACGUCAUUGAAAAUCAAAACUGUUUCUCUGAUUUUAUUGCGUGUAUAAACGGCGAUGAAACAGCUAGUGAGAAAAGUGAAACUAUUAAUAAACUUUCCAUGGUGCCUGUGUCAUCUACAGAGCUGUGUGUGAACGGGUAUGAGAAAGAAACGCGAACUUACAUACAUGAAAAUUCUGAUGAAAUUUCCAAAGAUCGUCUGGGAGUAUCAUCCGGAGAUAGUUAUCGAGUUGAACUUAGCCUUGCUGAUUAUAAUGAACUCCGUAAAUCAUGUUCUAGAGAUUGUGAUCGCAAACCUGCGAAUAUUCUUAGCAAAAAAGAACAAAACAUUCCGAACCAGUGCGCUUUAAACACUGAAAUAGAUGAUAUAGUUGGCAAUCGAGAGAAUCCUAUUCCGAACACCCCUGGAAAUUCUACUGAAUUUGGUAAUGCAUCGGAAACUGGAUACAAAUGUGAUAUAGUGAGCGAUGAGAGUGUGGCACAAAAUGCGUGUGAAGUUAACAGUCGUAAUGGUGAAGAAGUUUAUCUGGAUGUACAGCCCAAGAAUUGUGUUGAAGAUGGUGAACCUGAUGCCGAUAUUGCUGCUGCUACCAAAAACAGUAAAGCUGCUGAUGCCGACGAAGAGGAGGAAGAAGAAGACGAGGAUGAAGAAGAGGACGAUGAUGAUGACGAUAACGACGAUGAUGAUGACGAUACUUCUUCUGUGAGCUCCUCGUCUUCAUCUUCGUCUAGCUCCUCCAGCACUUCUGAUGACGAUGACAGGAUCAGCUUCAAGGAAAGGGUUGAGCAAGCAGCGCAACGUCAGGCGGCAGCCCUGGCCGCAGAACAACGCGAGUUGGCGCUCACGGCCGCCAACGCUGCAGCUUCUGACGGUACCACCCCACUCGAGGCGCCUGCCACUGAAGGAGGAAUUGCAGAGGACCAAGCGUCUGAGUUCUCUGACCAGUCAUCUGAGUACGAUGAGGGAGACUGCGGUGAAGAUCAAAACGAAGAUGAAGAAGACGACGCGGUUGACGGAGGAGUUGAAUUUGAUGAGGCCCUAACCAACCCAGAACUUCCUGGCAGUGGCAUUUCGAACGUGACUUUUGUUCGCGCGACUCUCGAUGAUGGCGCAUACAUUAACCAAAUGCCUAACUUGAUCCACGCAUUGCAUUCGUCUCACACCUCUUUGAAUGCUCCCAUCAAUUGUGAAGGCUUGCUUCCCAUGACUCUAGAUGACAAGUGCUCGGUGUCGGAUUUUUUAGGUUUAGACGUAGCAAAUGCUGCAUCUCUAGUUGGUGAAAACGGCAUUGCUCUAUCUGUUGGAGCUUAUGGCAAGCCAGAUAUGACACGCUGCUCGGAUGCCAUGCAACCUAUACCUGGAAUGAGCCGUGAUUCUGCUGCUGAAAUACAAUGUUCUUUACCAGAUAACUUAUCUUUGAAUUUCAAGCCAUGCCUACAACAAUCUCAUCAAGACCUCGAGCAGAUGACGACCAUCAACUCGCUCGAUAUGGAUUCUCUGAGAGGAGCGUCACUGGCAGACGUCGAAAAUCAGUACCUUGUAAGCGGGCGAGCCUCAUCGAACUCCGAUGUAAAUGCCUUAACUUUGGUCAUGGAGCCCCGUCACUCUUCCAUGCCUCAUGAUGACAAUUCUUCAAGAGUCUCCAAACACUCGAUACUUGCUGCAAAUUGUCAGCCGCAGCACUCAGCUCCUCUAAUGGCUCAGCACCGAAAUGAAGGUAGCUGUGGUCACUUGGUUGCGCCAAUGAGGCAUCUGGACGGCAUAAGGAUUUCCAUGUCGGUCCCACAAAUGCAAAUUCAUGCAAGCACAAGCGGCGGUCCUGCCGGUUCUGACCAUCACAAGAAUGGCAUGGAUCAAAUUCAGCAAACGCAGUUCUUCCAUCAGAACCCAGGAAAUCAGCAAGGUUCCUUGACAUGCCUCAGACCUGACAACGGUGAUAAGAGCUGUGCACCGAACGAACAGCUAUGUGGUAUUCAACCUUCAUUUUCACAAAUCAAUACAACACACAAAUUCAACUUGAACACGAAAAAUAAUGAAUUUCCAACUGCCCCUAGCAGAAACAAACGCCGCAAAGUUCAGAGACUACCUUUCUUGGAAGCCUCCAACACGGUACAGUCAAUGACAAAUAACAAAGGUUCUACUCUCAUGAGCACCGGAGAAGCCCAAGAUGGCGCCUACAAACUCGGUCACGCAAAGCAGAUGGACUCGUACACAGCCGAGCUACAGCAUCACAUGGGCUUGCCUAACCACUCUUCUCAAUCCGGCAUUCAACUAAACAUUGGAUGCUCUCAGAAAACCAUCAACGUUCGGUCAGUGCAUAUGCAGCAAAGUCUUCAACAACCUAAUGUUCAAAUCCUUCAAGCCCAACCUCAGAACAACGUUCAGCGGCAUCAGUUACAGCAGCAGCAUCUUAUGGAACAAAUACAGUCAACCCACAAUACCUUGCAGCGAUCUCCUAUUCAACAUGUGGAAAUUCAAUCUCGUAAUUUAGUUCAGAAAUCUUCGAAUGGAAGACAUAUAAUCCAGCAACAAAAUUCUGGUAUUUCCAUAAAUGAUCAAUUACAGACAGCCGUCGUUUCUACAGGUCAACAAACGUCACAGAUUCGUUCGCAAACUUCUACCCUUUCUCCCAACAUAGACAGUUCAGGUGUACCUAUACAGAACGUCAAUCUCACCUUACAACCUGGAAUUUCGACUACUCAAAAAACCCAAAAUAGGCUUCGGCCUUCUACAAGCAAUGCUUCGUCAAGCAACAUAGUCGAGUUCUGUCUAAAAGAGGCAGAUGUGGGAACACUUGAUGACUUGACUGCUUCCUCUGAAGACACUUAUGUUAGGGUACGGAAACCUUUAAAAGGUUACACGUGCGAAGUUUGUAACAAGCAAUUCAAUCUGAAAUAUCGAUUCCUAGAUCAUCAACUAAAACAUUCGAACGAGAAGCCUUACUCGUGUGACAAAUGCUCCUCGAAGUUUUCUUUCAAGUACAGUCUUCAGCGGCACAUAAAAGUUUUCCACGUUACAGAAAAUUCACCGAAAUGUAGUACCUGUGGCCGUACGUUUAAGAACGCUCAUUGCCUUAAACGCCACGAAAGCUCGCACAAAAAGCCGUUUCUGUGUGACGUUUGUGGCCGUGGAUUCGCGCUCAAAUUUACACGGGAUAACCACGCGCUUAGACACUCGGGUGUGCGGCCGUUUGCCUGCACUGUUUGCUCGAAAACUUUUAUUGCUAAGAACAAACUACGAUCUCACAUGAAGGGACACAAUGGCGAAAUUGUGUGUGUCAUUUGUUCCAAGAAAUUCUCUUCUCAGGACAUGCUGGCGCGACACAAGCGCGUCCAUCACGGCACUGCUGAGGACGCUGCCGCGACCACGUGCCCCAUCUGUGGCAAAAAGUUCGGCCUACCGAGCAAGCUUAAGAAACACUGCAAGGCCAUGCACGAGGCCAAACAAGACAAAUGAGGACGGGCUGCAAGUGUGGGGCCGGGAAGCUGACGUGGAACUCAAAUCUUCACGAGUGAAGAUUUGAGCCAAGAGAGAGGAACUCGCAUCAAUGGGCACGAUGCUCAUGUUUCUUCGUGCAAUAUCAUUAAUAAAGACACAUUUGUUAACUGGUCAGAAAUAUUUAGUCAUCACGUUGAAAUUUUAUCUGAUUCCAAGAGGGAAAAAUGGGAAUUCAAAAUUAAAUUCCAUCUAAUAUGGCGAUAAACUAUGCCAAGAUCAUUAUUCAAAUCUUUACUAUUAUAAAACGAUUGCUAGGCUUGAAUAAUACAAAAUUUAACACAA